UUCAUGCUUUUGAUGAUUUGCAUGAGCGAUCUAUGAAUUGCUACCCCUAUAACCAUUUCUGUUAACGACACCCUGCGUUCAGGCGCGCAUUGAGACGCCCAGUUGCUUUUCUGUCGCGGUGCAUAUCAAUGCUGUAACGCCUGCAAACAAUUAUGAAGCCUGCCCGCCGUGGCAGAAGGAGAAGAAAGAAAGAAAGGAGAAAGAAGAGCCGAAAGAGACGUGGUUGUCUGGACCUUCUUUAUACAGAGAGGAGGCUUGAUAUUUGCAUGGCGUUUGAAAAGGAAACGGGAGAUUAUGGGAUUGUUUUACCUCUUUUUUUGGCUUUUUACCCUUUUCUUUGUUUGGUUGAACGAUGCAUUAUAUUUCUUUUUCUUUUUCUGCUUCCACUGCUUUUUCUUCACUAUAUUUUCCUUCAAUCCUGUUUUUCCCGCACUGUUUUUCGCUUCCUUCAUUUCUGGCCUUUUUUCUGCAUUCUAGAGAUGAGUAGCGACGCAAACCCUCCCAUUCCCUCAAAGAGUAUAUUUCCCCCUUUAUCAUUACUAUUAUAACAACAUAUUGUGCGUUUGAUUGCACGGACGGAGUAAGAG